AUGUGCGCGGCGUCGACCGCGACCGUCGCGCGCGUCGACGACGUCGACGUCGGCGCGCGCGUGAAGGAAACGCGGGCGAAUGCGCGGGCGAAUGCGAAAGUCGCGACGUGCGAGACGGUGCGCGCGUACGCGCGGACGGCGGCGAUCGCGCUGGAGGCGACGCGGACGUACGUGGAGGAACACCGCGGACGGUACAAGGGCGCGAGCGAUCGGGAGAGGGACGCGUUCGAGGCGGAGACGUCGGAAUCCAUCAGGGAGUGUCAGCGGUGCGUGGCGAGCGCGAGAGACGCGGUGGAAAACGCGCGGGACGGCGGGGCGCUGGCGCGGGCGCCGCAGUGCGCGGCGCACUUGCACGGGAUCGGGUUGAUUUUGAGUGAGUCGCUGAACGACGUGGCGAGGGCGUUCGAUAAGGUGCGAGAGACGAGGUUCGCGGCGACGCUGGAACGCGCCGAACGCGAGCGUCAACGGAAGCGCGCGGCGACGAGGGCGAGAUACGACGACGCGGGGACGGGUGCGUCGGGAGCGGACGACGAUGGCGUCGCGCGCGCGGUACGCGUCGAGGGGGUGGAGAUGAGGCAAGAGCAAGUGCACGCGGAGCGGCAGGAUGGAUUGGAGGAGGAGUUGACGCAGUUGCUCGAUGAGGUGCGAAUGGCGGAGAAGAACGUCAUCGAGAUGUCGGCGUUGAGUUCGUUGUUCGCCACGCACGUACAAGCGCAGGCGGAGCAGAUAGAGUCACUUUACCAAGACGCCAUCGAGAGUUCGCGGCAUUUAGACAUGGGCAACGUGGAGAUGAAGAAAACCAUCGCGCGAAAGGGAAGCGCGCAGCGCUACGUCGCGUUGAUUUUGCUCGUCGCCACGCUCGGGCUGUUGUUCCUCGAUUGGUACUCGGGAUGA